AUGUUCGGUUGGAUUCACGAAAGUUUCCGACAACUUGUAACUAGAAAGUAUGGAAAGGACAUUUGGGAGAAAAUUGUCCACAUGGCCAAAUUCGAAUUGGGCACUGAAAGUGAGAUUGCUCAUUAUUACAACGACGAUGAAACGCUUCGUUUGGUCAACUCGAUGGCCAAUGUGAUUGGAAUUCCAAUUGAAGAAAUCUGGGAGGCUUAUGGUGGAUUCUUGAUUCAAUUCACCAUGGAAACCGGCUGGGAUGAGCUGCUGAGAGCAAUGGCUCCAGAUCUAGAAGGCUUUCUGGACUCUCUCGAUUCUCUACACUAUUUCAUUGAUCAUGUGGUGUACAAGACGAAGCUCCGUGGACCAUCAUUCCGAUGUGAUGUGCAGGCGGAUGGAACACUUUUGCUUCAUUACUACUCGAAACGUAGUGGAUUGUAUCCCAUUGUUAAAGGUGUUGUUCGUGAAGUGGCUCGUCGUAUCUACGACACAGAAGUCGUCAUGAAGGUUCAAGAACGAAAGCAAGAGCAUUUGGAUGCAUUCGUCACGGAGCACGUUGUUUUUGUCAUUACCCAAAUUGAGAAUGCCAAUAGUGUCCAACAGAAAUCGAUUUCUUCAAAAGCCGACUCUCAAAUUGAUUUGUCAACGGUAUUAUUCAUUCGUCGACGGUUGACCGCGUGGAAAUUAGUACCCCAUCAUUCUCUGACGGAUUCUCCAAAAAUCCCAAAAGAUUCGGAGCAAGAAGAAGGAAUUUAUGAAAUCUCAUCUACGGACUUUGGUUUGGCCUUCCCUUAUCACAUUUGCUUCGAUCCGGACCUUUUUCUCGAACACUUUGGGAAUUUUAUCAAGAAAACCUACCCAAAUGCAACGAGACAAGAGACAAGAGUCACCGAUUUGUUGGAGUUGGUCCAUCCGGAAGUUCCAUUUUCAUACGAAUCGAUUAAGUAUUACAAAAAUUCACUUUUUGUGUUUAGAUUGAAGGGUCUCGGAGACAUUGUCCAUAACCCAUCGGAUGAGGCGAAAACCGUUCUUCUCAAGGGCUCAAUGGUUUUUAUCGAUGAGGGAAAAUACAUAUUGUACAUGUGCAGCGUUAAUGUGACUACUGUUCGCGAGCUGAUCGAAAGAAAUUUGCAUUUAUCGGACAUGCAACGUCACGACGGUACUCGUGACGUCAUCAUGUUGAAUCAGAGCAGAAUGAGUCAAGUCGAAUUGAACCGGACCCUUGAAGAAACCACGAAGAAAUUGAAGAAAAUGGCUCAAGAGCUGGAAAUUGAGAAGCAAAAAACCGAUGAGCUCCUCUGUGAACUAAUGCCUGCCUCCGUCGCGGAUAGUCUUAGAAGUGGAAAGACUAUGGACGCAAGUUAG